AUGAUAGAAAAAACCGAGCAGUCGCCAUGUUCCGAAGAUGGUCAUCAAAUCAUCGUGGUCCCCUCUGAGCCGUCUCCCGCGUACUCAAUGUCAUCUACGCCAUGGCGUGACCCUGAGCCCGGCGAAGCGCCUUGGAAGAGUCAGUCAUGGGCAGGAGAUAUCCGAGAUCUCGAAGAUCAACUGAAAGAACUCCAAGCGGAAUACGAAGGGUACGUUGCUCGUGCUCAGGAAUACGUGCUGAUGCAGAUGGAGGAGAUGGAGAGGUUGGCCAAGGAAAUCCGGCAUCUCCAUCAGGAACUGGACACCGCGAAAAAGGUCAAUGACAUCGAGAAGAUGCAGCGCCAGAACGCGUUGACUCUUAUUGAUGCCGCUAAGCGGGAACUUGGCGUUCCCACCAGCAACUACAACUCCAAGACGUCAUUCAUGAGGGUACUGGCUACAUUGGGCUUUUCUCGCCGUGAGUGA